GAGGGAGGGGGAGGAAGUGAUGGAUUUCCUUCCUGCACUUGGACGCUCAGGCGCCGAGGGCUCGUUAAUGGCUGAUAGUUUGAAGCCGGAAGUAGAGGAGCUUUAAAUUCACUUUCUCCGCGUUAGUGAAUAUCGGCUGCCUGUGAAUGCUGCUUUUCCAACUCAGGGAGAGUUUGAGCUGCAGUGGAAAAUGCCCAGGAGGAAGCAGUCCAACCCGCAACCUGUGAAAAGUUCUGGUGGCUUGGAGUUUGCUGAUGCAGGCGACAAUGGUGAUCUUCCCCCAAGCUGCAAAAGACUCAAGGUUGAAAAGGAUUUCCAGACGGCUGCCCAAGCAGAAUCUACUGCCAGACCACCCAGUGUUUCCCAUCGCGAUGCCCCCUUUCCCCAGACAAACGGCUUUGUCAGUCAGAGUCAUCUGGAAGCCAGCAUGGAAGUUACACUGGAAGAAGACUGUAGUCUUGAGGAAUCUUCCUUGUACUGUGAAAGUCUCAGCCAAACCAAAGUACCGGGUGAUGAGGAACUGUACAAAUGUUCGUACUGCAGUUACACUGCUGAGCAGGCGGACAAAUUGAAGCAUCAUUUCCUGAUUCACGAAGGCCAGAAGGCAUCACAGUGUGUCGAAGAACCUGACCAGUCCCAGAAACGGCCAGUCGAGUGCACUGGCUGUCACGUUGCCUGCAAUCAUACGAUAGCCCCAGCUCGGCACUCGAACCAGCCUUCAACGGAAAUAAAGGGUGGCGCAGUCUCGGGGAAACCUGUGUCCUUGCAAGCAGGUAAUACCUCUGCCGCCGUGGGAGGAGAGAAGAAAUUUUACAACUGCUCGUAUUGCAACUACACAUCAUCACUAAUGGGGAAUCUACAACGCCAUAUCCGCAUUCACCUUGGAGAAAAGCCCUUCAAGUGCGACCAGUGUUACUAUGCGACCGGCCAGUCAGGGAACCUGAAACGGCACAAGCUAAUCCACACCCAGAAGAAGUCAUUCAUGUGUAACCAGUGUGACUAUGCUUCCGUCCAGAUGGGUAAUCUCAAACGGCACAUGCUGACACACUCGAGGAAAAAGUGCUUCAAAUGCGGACAGUGUGAGUACGAAGGGGAAAGUAUGGCUGAUUUAAUGAGGCACAAGCAAAACCACAAAGAUGACAAAGGGUUAAUGGACAGUCCACAAGCAGACACAGUCGAGGUGAAGGAAAUUAGUGAGGACAAGCCUUAUAAAUGUUUGUAUUGCAGCUACGCCUCGCCGCUGCUGGGGAACUUGCAGCGGCACACGCGCAUCCAUCUGGGGGAAAAGCCCUUCAAAUGUGACAAAUGCAGUUAUUCUUCUUGUCAGAUGGGGAACCUCAAACGUCAUCUGCUGACGCACACGCGUGAGAAGAUGCUCAACUGUCGCCAUUGCGGCUACGUCUGUAGUAAUGUGAUUGAUUUGAGGCAGCACAGACAGAUUCACGUUAAAGACAAGCUGUCACGAGAUGAGGAGAAACCUCCAGUGAGCAAGCAAAGUACCAGCAAUCCAGUCUCAACCGAGCCAGCCCAAACAGGCGCCGGGGAUAAAAAGCCUUACAAAUGUUCAUAUUGUGAUUAUACGUCGUUAUUACUGGGGAAUCUCCAAAGGCACACCCGAAUUCAUCUUGGAGAGAAACCCUUUAAAUGUGACCAGUGUGACUAUGCAACCUAUCAGUCUGGGCACCUCAAGAGGCACAGACAAACUCAUAUGCACAAAAGGUCACUCAAGUGCCGCUUGUGUGACUGUGUCUGUGGUAACUUGACGGAACUUAAGCAACAUCAACAAGAGCACACAACCAACAGCGCAAGUGGGGAGAAGAAGCCUUAUAAAUGUACGUACUGUAAUUACGUGUCGUCCUUAUCGGGGAAUCUCCAGAGACACCUGCGCAUUCACCUGGGAGAAAAACCCUUCAAGUGCGACCAAUGCGAAUACGCGUCUCACCAGUCCGGAAACCUCAAGCGGCACCUGUUAACACACACGCGGCCAAAGUCCUUCAAGUGCGGCAUCUGCUACUGUACGUGCGCCAGUGCAGAGGAGCUCAGGGACCAUAAGGAGGGUCACAUCAAGAAAGAGUCACUGGCGUGGGAGGGGAGUGAGAAGCCUCAGGAGCUCUAUACCUGUAAGCUGUGUAGUUUUGUCUCAGAGUAUCCGGGUCAUCUCAUGAGGCACAUGAAAACUCACAACGCAGAAAAGCCGUACAAGUGCCACUACUGUUCAUACGCCACAGUGCAGCAGGGUAAUCUCAAGCGGCACAUAUUGAUCCACACCGGGGAAAAGCCCUUCCAGUGCGACGAGUGUAGUUACACCUGUAGCCGGAUGGAGAAUCUGAAGCGGCACAAACAAACGCACUUGGAGAAGGCCUCGCCAGACGAAGGCGAAGGCAGCAGCUUGGCAAAAUCUGAGAAAUCCUUUCCUUGUGAGCUGUGCGAUUUUAAAGCACGGUACCCCAGUAUCCUUGCGAGGCACGUGAAAACUCACGUGGAUGUGGCCGAGAAGGUAGAGGGGGCCCAAAGGAAUGGGCCAGAUAUAAAGCCCUUUAAGUGUGACUGGUGCACUUACUGUAGCAGCAGUGCGACGAGCUGGAAAGCGCACGUACAGAGUCACCUGAGCAAUGACACGGCAUCAGAGCACCAGGAGGAAAGCAAGAGCGAACCUGCCCCGAAAGAUUUCUCUUGCAACCUGUGUGACUUCAUUACCCAGUACCCAGAUGACCUAAUGAGGCACAUUAAAACACACAACAUGGACUCCGUACGCAAUGAUCCCCAGACCCCUUCUGCUGAGGUACAUACAGGUAAAGAUAGUAGAAACAUUUUCUCGUGUAAGUCGUGCAAUUUUGUUACCCAGUACCCUAACCAUUUCAUAAUGCACAUGAAAACGCACAUGAAAACUCUCAGCACUAGCAAUAGUGAAUACCAGUGUUCUCAUUGCAACUACAGCACCAAGCAAAGUGGCAAUUUCAAGCGUCACAUCCAGAUUCACUUGGGUAUAAAGCCAUAUAAAUGUAAAAAGUGCAGCUAUGCUUCAAUUAACUUUGCAAACUUGAAGAGGCACUUACAGACCCAUAUCAAGCAAGCGUCUGACCAAACUGAUUCCUCCUCAUCCAAUACGUUUGAACUUUUCCAACAGAGCAUAAAAACGGAGAGCGAGGAUGAUCCCUGCUCGCAGGAAGAACGUCUUGAAAAUGAUGACAAGUGGCCCAGCUGUAGAAAUUUGAAAUGGAAGAGACAGUAUAAAUGCUCUCAGUGCUUUUACAAAAGUACCGAGCUGGGAAACCUCAACAGACACAUCAGGAGUCACAGAGGAGAAAAACCCUUUAAGUGUACUCAGUGCGAUUAUGCUUCCACCCAGAUGGUCAACGUUAGGCGGCACCUUCAAACGCACACAGAAAAGAAGUCCUUCCAAUGCACCCAGUGCAAGUUUGUGUGUGAGAGCAGAGUGGCCCUUAAGCUCCACAAGCAGAGUCACGAGGCGAGUGCGGAGAUAAAGCAGGAGGGGGAGAGUGAAAGUAGCAUUAGCAAAGAACAGAAAGUCUUCACUUGCAAGUUGUGUAGCUUUGCCUCUCAGUAUCAGAGCAACCUCAUAAGACACAUGAAUAUACACAACUAUAAGAGGCCAUAUAAAUGUUCACAGUGUAACUACGUCUCUGCCCAGAUGGGCAAUCUGAAGCGACACAUGAGGAACCAUCUCCAGAGUGAAACCUUCCAGUGUGAGCAGUGCAACUAUUCAUGUGCUUCCAUGACUAACCUCAAACGACAUACCAGGGUUCACACAAGUCAAAAUCCGACCGUAGAAUAAAGGGAAAUCUUGCGUUGGAAAGGUCAACGAGCCCACGGUUCAACAAGUUAAAUUGUUGUGAUGGGCAGCAUUCAGAAUCUUAGAGCACUGAUGUAGAACCUGUCACUUCUCCCAGUGAUGGCCAUGUGCGGGCACUCAUGCCUCUUCAGUGCCAGCAAUUACAGAGUCUAAUGGGCCUCAAUAGGGAAAAACAAACAUUGGGGAGAGCUUUACAACGAUACUUGAAAUCACUGUAAAUCUUAAAAAUGCAUUUGUGAACAUAAGUUCUGUUUGAACAUAGCACAGUGGAGUUUUCCCUGAAGGUCUCUUUGGGGUGUACACCUGUUUUGCUUUUUGGUAAAUUCCAAUUAAGAAGGUGAAAAUCAGAGGCCAAACUUUCAGACAACUAUCAAACUUAAGUUGCUCUAUGAGGAGGAAUUUUACUCAAAGUGAUUGGUUAUAUUAAAACAAGAAAAAGUAUAAUAGCAUUCAUACUAUUGUUAAAUUUGGGCAUAUGGGUCCAGGAGGGAAGCUGAUUUUUUUUUCCAUCCACAUCAUUGCUUUAAGUUUAAGAUGAUGUAAAUAGGCAUUAACAGGUAAAUAACCAACUGAUUGUACAUUAGCAGAUAAGAGUGACUGCAGAUCCAUAAUCUAGCAGUGAUCGCUGAACAGCUAUGUAGACAAAGCUGUCCUUGAAUUUAAUUUCCUUGUGGGGCUGAGCCUUUUUCUUUUGGCUUCCCAGGAAUCCUACAGUAGCUUUACACUGGGGUUGUUGAUUUAGUUUAAAUUUGAGCUGUGUUCAAUCACAUUAAAUACUAAAGCAUGGGUUGUGAUUUUUUUUGAUAAUUUAUAUAUUUAGUAAUAAUCAGAGAAAAUUCGUUAUUCUGUGUUUCUGAAUUUCAUCUCAAUCUGUUACUCUACCAAACAACAUAUAAGUUCAUUGAUCCACUUGAUCUGUUCUGAUUGUGUCAUUGAUACUUCCUUUAAAACUUCCCUGUGAAUUAUAAAUAUAACCAAUUAUCCCAGGGGGUUGCCGACCUGAGGCUCACAGACUCCUUGAUUAAUGGUAGGGGGUCAAUGGCGCACAAAAGGUUGGGAGCCCCUGAAUUAGCCAGUGUGGAUUUAAUUCCCUAAAAGUGGAUCCAGCCUUGGUCGUAAUAGAACUUGAACAACUCUAGUUUCAUUCUGACUUCACCAGAAGUGGGAUAUCUACUUCAGAGAAUGAGACCAGAAAACCCGCUUGAUCUAGUUGUAGUGCAGGGUUUCUCUUUAGUGGAAUAUCACUGUGAUGUGCAACAUCCCACCAUUGUGGGAAAUGAUGUGGUCUGCAGAUUUGAAACUCCAAACUUGGUUGCUGCAACACUGCAGAAAGCAAGGUGACUGUUAAACUGGAAGCAGAUUACAUUUUAGGUUUGAAUGGUCUUGGAAUAAACUGAACAAGUUCUCUGGCAACUAGCACAGGUACUUAAUGUCAUUUUUGGGUAAUGUGUUCAAAACGUCCCAGUCACCUACUUUGUAACUGGAUAUGUGUAAAUAUCUCAGGUAUGGUAUAUCUCCAUAACACUCUCGACAUGGACAGUGUGUCAACUGGAUCUAUAAAGGCAAGAUUUUAUUUCUUCUUCUUCUUAAGCCCAUCACUCCAACUGGGGCAUAGGCUGCUGACAGCAGCUCACCUCACCAAAGUCUGCUGUCCUGGGCCACUCUUUUAGUCUUUCAAGGUGUAGCCCACUGAAAAUCUUUCCUCUCCCAGGGGUGAGGUCUUUUGGCAUUUCUGCAUCUCCAGCUUUUUAUGGGAUGGAGUUGCUAGUCCCAUGCCCAACCUUCCUCCUUUUGCAGUCAGGCUUGGGACUGUCCAUGGCGGAGUUAGGAUUUCAUUUUCCCAGUUGAAUGUUGAAGCAAGCUCUGUCCAAAGGUGCUGACCAUUUAGAUUUGGAGCCAGUGCAUCCAAGGCAAAGGUGAAGAGCUGGUUUGAUACUAGAAGAGUACAAAAUGGCCUCUGUCACCUCCAACCACUUGUCAAAUCUAUAUAUGUCAGAUCUGGGUCACAUCGACUUGACUUAAUUAGUUAUUACUUUGGAGAGACUACUUGACCUGAGCAGUUCUAGAAUUUUCAGAUUUGUUCAAAUCAAGGUUGGAUCCUAAUCGGUCUGUCCUUGAUUUGAGAUGGCGGUGAGUCAGGUUCAUCAGUGCAAAUGGACUCCAGUUCACCAUGGGUCAGUCAGGGUCAUCUUAGGCUUAAGGGUCAGUAAGAAUGGCAAUGUCAACAAUGUUUGGAUAUCAAAGCAAUGAAUGAAUAAACUUAUUUCCCUCACACGUGACAAGCUCUUUGCUUUUGGAAUUAUGCCUGGGGGAACCACAAUUCUCAUACCUUUCUUAAAAGGAAAUACAAUCUUAUUUUCUACGUGAUUAACUUUACUCAGUGUUAAAUGGGUGCCACGCUAGCGCAGUGGUUAGUGUGACAAUGUUACAGUUCGGGACGUACUGGGGUUCAGAGUUCAAUUCUGGUACUGUCUCGUACAUUCUCCCCAUGAAUGUGUUGGUUUCGGCCGGGUGCUUCAGAUUCCACAGUCCAAAGACGUACGAGUUAGUAGAUUAAUUGGCCAUUGUAAAUUGUCCUAUGAUUAGGCUAGGGUUUCUGUGCAGUGUAGCUCGUAGUGCCUGAAGGGUCUGAUCUGCACCAUAUCUCUAAAUAAAAAAGGCAACUAACUGUAAUAUCGCAGCAGGAAUAUUAUCAAACCAUGUGCUGAAGAUCUAUGGCCUGUCGUCUCAGCAGUGCCAAUACACAGGCUUGGGUAACAUAAAAUUAUUUAAAUAAAAUGAAAUUUGAAAUACUUUGGAAGCACUGGUUGAAUAUGUUAAAAGUUAGCAAAAUAAUGCUUUAGUCAGUUAAUCAGAAUCAGGUUUGAUAUCACUGGCAUGUGUCAUGAAAUUUGUUUAGCAGCAGCAGUACAUAUUUUAAAAAAUUAUCAAAUACAGUAAGAAAUACACAUUAAGUUAAAUAAGUAGUGCACAAAGAGAGCAAAACAAACAAUGAGGUAGUGUCCGUGGGUUCAGUGGGUUCAUGGUGCAGGGGAAGAGGCUGUAAAGUUUCACUUGUCCACUCACCAAGAACCUUAUUUAAUAAUUAUACAAAUUUUAUUCAACAUGAAAUUUUAA